GUAUAUCUGGAGUGGUAAUUACCAGUUCAAAGCAUCUCCGUAUCCCGGUCAGAACUCUGUGCAACGAGUUAUCAUUUUUGGUGACAUGGGAAAGGAUGAAGCCGAUGGUUCGAACGAGUAUAAUAAUUUUCAACGAGGCUCCCUCAACACUACAAAACAGCUCAUUGACGAUUUGAAGAAUUACGAUAUAGUAUUUCAUAUCGGAGAUAUAUGUUAUGCUAAUGGAUAUCUUUCGCAGUGGGAUCAGUUCACUUCUCAAGUUGAGCCAAUUUCUUCGAGAGUACCGUACAUGAUUGCCAGUGGCAACCACAAGCGCGACUGGCCUGGAACGGGUUCGUUUUAUGGGAACAUGGUUUCGGGUGGAGAAUGUGGUGUCUUGGCUGAAACUAUGUUUUUUGUUCCUGCUGAAAAUCGAGCUAAAUUCUGGUACUCGACCGACUAUGGAAUGUUCCGUUUCUGUAUAGCGGACACGGAACAUGAUUGGAGAAAAGGAACUGAACAAUACAAAUUUAUCGAGCACUGUUUGGCAUCGGUAGAUAGACAAAAACAACCAUGUCUAAUAUUCAUUGCGCAUCGGGUGCUCGGUUAUUCUUCCACCGAUUUUUACGCAAACGAGGGCUCCUUUGCUGAACCAAUGGGAAGAGACGACCUUCAAAAACUAUGGCAGAAGUAUAAAGUUGACAUUGCUUUUUACGGGCACGCUCACAGUUACGAACGGACUUGUCCUAUUUACCAGAACAUAUGUACGAGCAACGAGAAGCAUUAUUACAAGGGUAGCUUAAACGGAACCAUACACGUGGUGGCUGGAGGAGGAGGUGCCAGCCUGUCGGAUUUCUCGACUUUCACACCAAGGUGGAGUCUUUUCUGAGAUUCCGAUUACGGAUUUGUGAAGUUGACUGCGUUUGACCAUUCGAAUUUGUUGCUCGAGUACAAAAAGAGCAGCAAUGGAGAGGUUUACGACUCGUUGAGAAUAUCGCGCGAUUAUAGAGAUAUAUUGGCUUGUGCUGUAGAUAGCUGACCAAGUGUCACCCUUGCUUCUUGAUUGUCAUCUCAAUUUUUUACACUGUUUUCUCAGUUCAAUGCAAUAAAAUAAUUUUUUUAAACCUA